AUGGAGGGAGAAAAUGAGACAUUAACAACAGAUUUUAUUCUCUCAGGACUCUUCCCCAAUAUGAAGUAUGUCAGCAUCCUUAUCUACAUUAUCAUCCUGAUCUACCUUGCUGCAGUCACUGGGAAUAUCAUUCUGUUCUUUCUCAUAUGGAUAGACAUGAGGCUCCACACUCCAAUGUACUUUCUACUCAGCCAGCUGUCUUUCAUAGAUCUGGCCCUCAUCAGCAGCACUGUUCCAAAGAUGAUGAUAAACUUUUUCUCUGGAAGAAAAGACAUCACACGUCUUGCCUGUGGAAUCCAGAUAUUUUUCUUCUUUACUCUUGGGGGUGCUGAAUGCAUCCUCUUGACCCUUAUGGCUUAUGACCGAUAUGUAGCUGUCUGUAACCCUUUGAGAUACAUAGUCAUUAUGAACCACAGGGUCUGUCUGCAAAUGACCAUAGUGUCUUGGAUUGGGGGCAUAUUAGCUUCCACAGCCCACACAUUCUAUACCAUGAAUCUACCUAUCUGUGGUUCCAGAGAAAUCCACCAUUUCUUCUGUGAGAUGCCAGCAAUCAUGAAGAUCUCAUGCAAAGACACUUCCACCUAUGAGCUGGUGGUCUUAGCGAUGGGCAUUGCUUUUAUCAUUGUCCCUUUUGGACUUAUCAUGGCUUCCUACACUUUCAUCUUCCUUGCUGUUCUUCAUAUAAAAUCUUCCCAUGGCAGGAACAAAGCCUUGGCCACGUGCUCAUCUCAUCUUACAGUGGUAAGUUUUUAUCUAGGACCAUGUGUUUAUAUGUACAUGACACCGGGUUUCUCCCACACUCCUGAGCAAGAACAGGCUGUAUCUGUAUUUUGCACUGUCCUCACACCCAUGCUAAAUCCACUCAUCUACAGCUUGAGAAACAAAGAUGUGGUGAGGGCUUUUCAGGAAGUCCUGAGGAAGCAUCCAGUCUCUAAACAGAACACAUAA